UAUAGAAAAGAAAUGAAUAUUUCACUCAAUGAAAAAGUAAAGUUACUGAAAAAUGAUAUUUUGAAUGGACCUUUUCAUGUAUUUGGAUGCCAUGAUGGAUGUGACAGAUAUUUCUGUGAGAAUAUAAAAGCAAAUGAAAAUAAUUUUGUCCCUGAAUUACAAGAAUGUGGUGUAUGGAAUGAUUUAAUGGCAGCUAUAAACUUGGUAGCUUAUCACGCUAAUAGUUUAAUUCACCAUGUCAAUAACAAUUGUGUUGAAGGCUACAAUAGUAUAGUUGCUAAGUAUGUAGGCGGAAAACGUAUCAACUAUUCUCUUAGAGGCUCAUAUAAUGUCCGUUGUCAUACCGCAGUAUCUGCAUAUAAUUAUGGCCCUUAUCAUCUCAGAAAAUUUCAUAAAAAAGUAACUAACUUCAGCCCGGGAAAAUAUACAAAGCAAUAUAUUUCUAAGGAAAUAAAACAAAGACUCGACAAAAGACGUCGACUUAGCAAUAAAUUUCCUAAAAUACGGAAACAAAUUAUUUAUGGACCGGACGCCGAUUAUGGAGCUGUGAAUGAUGAAUUAGGUUGUCAGACGUUACCUAUGUCGCGUGAAGAUUUUGAAGAAAAAAAAUUAGAGUUGUUGACAAAUUUGAAAUUAAAUAUGGUUGAAAUUGACGAAUUACAGCGUCGAACAGUUGAACAGGCGAAUUGUGUGGAAUGGAAAAAAGAGAGGUCCAAAAGGUUAACUGCGUCCAAUUUUGGGAAAAUUUGUAAAUUACGAAAAACCACUUCCAGGAAAAAUAGUGUAAUCUCAGUUUUAUACCAAUCAGAGUAUUUUCAUGGUACUGCUGCUACAAGAUAUGGGAUUCAAUUUGAAUCUAUUGCAAAGGACGAAUUUGAGAAGCUAUUCGGAUACAAAGUAGCCCCAGCUGGAUUGUUUGUUGACCCUCAUCUGCCAUUUUUGGCAGCAACACCAGAUGGGCUUAUUGAGGAUGAUUCAAUAAUAGAGAUAAAAUGUCCAUUUUCUAUAAAAAAUUUUACUCCCCAAGAUGCACACAAAGCAAAAAAGUUAAAGUUUAUGGAUAUGCAAUCGGGUAAACUAUUUUUAAAAAAAAACCAUUCUUACUACUUCCAAGUACAAGGACAGUUGCAUAUAACAAACAGAAAAUAUUGCUACUUUGUUGUAUGGACACCAAAAGGGAUUUGUGUACAUAAAAUUGAACGUGAUGAUGAUAUCUGGAAUAAUAAGAUGGAGAUGACGUUGUCAGAAUUCUACCUGGACCAUAUGUUGCCAGAAAUAUGUAAUCCACAAUAUUUAAAAACAUAA